CCCGUCCACUGGGCUCAGAUCUCCAAACCCCGCGAGGAUCCUGGGCUUGGCACCGACGCGCUGCUGCCCCGACUCACCUUGGAGUCCCGCCUGCCAUGGGAGAGAAGCCCGAGCCCCGCAGGUCCCGGCGGGAGCGGUGGGAGCCAGAGAAUGAGACCGAGGAGGCGCUGGAGAGGGACCUGGAGCUGAGCCUGGGGCCGGGCCUGGAGGCACCACCCUUCCUGGCCGCUGACAGCAGGAACCUUGGGAUAGGCCUGGAAGACACGGAGGACCUGGCUCGGCUGCCACCAGUGUGUGACAGCUCUGUACUGCUGUGCCUUAAGAAGAGAUUUCAUCUGGGCCGAAUCUACACCUUUGGAGGGCCUCUUCUGCUCUCUCUGAACCCCCACCGGCCCCUGCCUCUCUUCUCAGCUGAGGUCCUGGCAAGCUCCCACCCCAAGAGGGCCCUUAACACCACCCCACACAUCUUCGCCAUCGCCGCAUCAGCCUACGAUCGCCUGUCUCAGAGCUCUGGGCAGGGAACAUGCAUUCUCCUCGGUGGGCACAGUGGCUCAGGGAAGACAGAAGCUGCCAGAAAGAUUGUGCAGUUCCUAAGCAGCCUGGAGCAGGAGCAGACAAGGGACCGAAGAUGUCACCUGGAUGGUGUCCGGCCCGUGCUCAGCAGCUUUAGCCACGCCAAGACAGUCCUCAAUGCCAACGCCAGCCGCUUUGGCCAGGUCUUCUGCCUCUGCGUGCGGCAUGGGGUCAUCGUGGGAGCCUCUGUGUCCCGUUAUCUGCUCGAGACCUCAAGGGUGGUGUUUCAGGCCCAGGCUGAGCGAAGCUUCCAUGUUUUUUACGAGCUGCUGGCGGGGCUGGGCCCUGUAGAACGGGAGCAGCUCUCCCUGCAGGGGCCAGAGACCUACUCCUACCUCAACCAGGGCCAGGCCUGCUGUCUCCAGGGCAAGGAUGAUGCUCGGGACUUCGAAGGACUGCAGAAGGCCCUGCAGGUCCUGUGCCCCGAGGAGGUGACGGACGCCUGGGCCGUGCUGGCCGCCGUCCUGCACCUGGGCAAUAUUUGCUUCUCAUCUUCAGAGCGGGAGUCCCAGGAGGUGGCUGCCGUGUCCAGCUGGGCCGAGAUCCACGCGGCAGCCCAGCUGCUGCUGGUGCCACCCGAGCGCCUGGAGGGGGCUGUCACCAGGAGGGUCACGGAGACCCCGUACGGCCGGGUCUGCAGGUCUCUGCCGGUGGAGAGCGCCGUUGAUGCCAGGGACGGCCUGGCCAAGGCCCUGUAUUCCCGGCUUUUCACCUGGCUUCUGGAGAGGAGCAACUCGCAGCUGGCGGCUCCUGGGGAGGGAGAGCAUGUGGACACCAUCACUGUCGUGGACGUCCACGGCUUUGAGGCCCUGCGGGAGAACAGGCUGGAGCAGCUGUGCAAUAACCUUGCCAGCGAGCGCCUGCGGCUCUUCUAGCUGCUGUGGGCGCAGGAGGAGGAGGCCUGUCGGCGAGAGCUGCUGGCCUGGGUGCCCGUUCCCCAGCCUGUGCGGGACACCUGUCUGGACCUCCUCGUAGACCAGCCCCACAGCCUCCUGAGGCUCCUGGAUGCCCACACGUGGCUGCCCCAGGCCACAGACCACACCUUCCUUCAGAAGUGUCAUUACCACCACGGCAGUCACCCCUGCUACUCCAAGCCCCAGCUGCCCCUUCCUAUCUUCACCGUGAGGCAUUACGCUGGGACUGUCACCUACCAGGUUCACAAGUUUGUAAACAGAAACCGGGAUCAUCUUGACCCUGCUGCGGUGGCAAUGCUUGCCCAGAGCCAGCUCCAGCCGGUGGGCAGCCUGUUCCGGGAAGCAGAGUCCCAGUCCACGGCCCAGCCGGGCAAGCCCACACUGGCCUCUCGCUUCCAGCAUUCCCUGGAGGACCUCCUAGCCCGGCUGGGCAGGAGCCAUGUCUAUUUCAUUCAGUGCCUCAACCCCAACCCGGGAAAGCUUCCGGGCCUCUUUGAUGUGGGACACGUGGCAGAGCAGCUGCACCAGGCGGGCAUCCUGGAGGCAGUACGUACCCGCAGUGCCAACUUCCCCAUGCGCCUGCCCUUCCAGGCCUUCCUGGCCAGGUUCCGGGCUCUGGAGACGGAGGCACAGGGAGAGUCCUCUGAUCGUGAGAGGUGUGGCGCCAUCCUGAGUCAGGUGCUAGGGGCCGAGUCACCCCUCUGUCACCUCGGAGCCACCCAGGUUCUGCUGGGGGAGCCAGGCUGGCAGCAGCUGGAGCAGCACUGGGCCCGGCCACGCUCCCAGGCCCUGCUCGCCCUGCACAGCUGCCUGCGCACCUACAUCGCCUGUCAGCGCCUCAGCCGCCUCCUCCUGCUGCGGAUGCAGGUUCGCAUGCGAGGGCUCCAGGCCAGGUCUGCAGGGGUGGGUGAGACUGGGGGUCUCCUGCAGGUGGUGGGGCAGAGUGUGGGAGGGGUGGGGCCUCAAGAAAAUCUACCUGCCCUGGGGCCCUCCUGUCAGCAUCUCCGUGCAGUCUCUGAAGCGGCUCUGGGACAGCUGAGCACCGUCCUGCUGGUGGCCCGGCCCCUGCUCCGGAGGCGACAGAGAUCGCAGCAGCUUGGGCAUCGGCGUGGCCAACACAGCGGCCGGGCCUCCAGGACAGCACCAGGCAUGGAGCUGGGGCGCUUGGAGAUCCCGGCUGAGGUGGCCGUCUUGCUGAAGACCGCAGAAGGCCAUCACCAUGCCUUGGAUGGGAGCAUCACCGAGUCCAUACCCCCUGAAGUUCCUGCCCGGGCCAGCCUGAGCCUCCCGCCCGACAUCAACCAGUUCCCGUUCUCCAGCUUCAUCUCUACUAACUUUCAGGAGCCGGCCCUGCCCAGCCCUGGGCAGCUGCUGGCGGAGCCCCUGACCCGGCUGCAUGGGGAGAACCCACAGCACGCGCUGGAUAUCAACAAGGUGAUGCUGCGGCUCCUGGGGGAUGGGUCCCUGCUGCCCUGGCAGGAGCAGAGCAUGGGCGAGUACCUGGUGCGGCAGGGCCAGCGCCGGCCGGGGCUGCGGGACGAGAUCUUCAGCCAGCUUGUGGCCCAGAUCUGGCACAACCCGGACGAGCAGCAGACCCAGCGCAGCUGGGCCCUCAUGGCCAUCCUGCUCAGCGCCUUUCCCCCCAUGCCCCCCCUGCAGAAGCCACUGCUGAAAUUUGUGUCCGACCAGGCCCCCAGGGGCAUGGCAGCGCUGUGCCAGCACAAGCUGCUGGGGGCCCUGGAGCAGGUGCACCUGGCCCCUGGGAUGGCACGGGCGCACCCCCCAACCCAGCUCGAGUGGACGGCUGGCCGGCGGCGAGGCCGCAUGGCUCUGGACAUCUUUACCUUCAAUGAGGAGUGCUACUCCGCCGAGGUGGAGUCCUGGACCACAGGGGAGCAGUUCGCCGGGUGGAUUCUGCAGAGCAGAGGACUGGAGCUUCCCCCCCGUGGCUGGUCCGUGUCACUGCACUCCGGGGACUCCUGGCAGGAUUUGGUUGGCUGUGACUUCGUGCUGGACCUCAUCGGCCAGACUGAGGACCUGGGGGACCCAGUCAGUCCCCACAGCUACCCCAUUGCCCCCCAUGGCUUCCUGGACACCACCUCCAUCCAAGGCACCCCCUUAGCUGGACCCACUGUCUCCCACAGAGACGAGGACAUCCCCCCUGCCCCUGGCAUCCAGGCCCCCUCACUGCCAGGUCCACCUCCAGGGCCAGCUCCCACACUACCCAGCAGGAGCCAGUCAGGGGAGUCUCAGAACUCAGGGAACCUGGAUGGCUUCCUGGACCACCUCUUCCAGCCAGUCCUCUCUCUGGGUCACAGGGAUCUGGAGCAAGCCUGGGCUCUGAGCGGCCGCAUGAAGGGAGGGGGCGCCGUGGGGCCCAUGCAGGAAGGCAGCUACCCCAUGGUUUACCCAGGGAUGAUGCAGAUGCCUGGAUACCAGCCAGCCAUGGUGCCUGCCCCUGUGCCCAUGAUGCCAGCAAUGGGCGCAGUCCCUGCCAUGCCAGCCAUGGUGAUGCCGCCGCAGCCACCACCGGCACCGCAUCCCCUGCUUCCCAGUGUGGACCCGAGGCAGCUGGCCGCCCAGCAGCAGAGCUUCAUCAACCAGCAGGCGCUCCUCCUGGCCCAGCAGAUGACCACCCAGGCCAUGACCUUGUCGCUGGAGCAGCAGACACAGGGGCACCGGCGCCAGGCUCAGCCUCAGGCCCAGGCCCCUGGAGCUGCUUCCCCGACCUCACCCCCACCCGUCGCCCCCAAGCCCAAGAAGCCCCUGGCCCUGUGGCGGGAGCCAGAGCGGGAGCUGGAAUUGGAGACCUCACAGGAGCCCCAAGAGAAGCCCCAGCGGCCCAAGAGCUUCAAGCAGAAACAGGACUAUUUCCAGAAGAUGGGGCAGCAGCAGAUCACGGUGAAGACAGCAAAGCCUCCACCCAAGGUGCAGAUCUCCCAGGACGAGGAGCAGGACGAGGAGAAACCAAGAGCGCCUUCGCCCCCUCCUCCCCCCGUAGUGACGAGUCCCCCGACACAAGGUAGGGCCAAAGCUGCACAAGAGGCGGAGGCCAAGCUGGUGGCCCGGGGGGCAGGGCCCGGUGGUUGCCCUGCGCCAGUGCCCCACCAGCGGGCCGAGCCGAGCCGGGAGAUCCGGAACAUUAUCCGCAUGUACCAGAGCCGCCCGGGCCCCGUGCCCAUGCCCGUGCAGCCGACCAGGAAGCCCACGAAAAACUUCCUGAAGAAAAACAAUCCCAAGGACGAGGCUCUGGCUAAGUUGGGGAUCAGUGACGCCCACGCACCUGCGUCGACGCCAUCCCCCAGCCCGGGGAAGGGCCCCGAACCAGCCGUGGCCCCUCAACCCAAGUUCCCACCACAGUUCGGGCCCUCCAGCUCCAUCAAGGACAGCCAGGGUCUCUCUGACGAGACUCCACCUGCCCCCCAGUCACCCUCACCUCCACCAGCACCCCCACUGCCUCCACCUGAGGAACCAGACAGCCCUUCAGCUGGGCCCCGCAGCCGGUUGGAGCCCAUGGAGGACCAGGGAGUCUCCACGAAGCUGCUCGUGCCCUCUGGCAGUGUGUGCUUCUCUUACCUCAACCCCUCCUGGAGGUUGUUCCUGCGCAAGGAGGUGUUCUACCCCCGGGAGAACUUCAGCCACCCCUACUGCCUCAGGCUCCUCUGCGAGCAGAUCCUGAAGGACACCUUUGCCGAGUCUUGCAUCCGAAUAUCCCAGGAGGAGCGGAGCAAAAUGAAAGAGCUGCUGGGAGACCUGGAGGUCGGCCUGGAGUCGCUCAGCACCACUGAGGACAGUGUCAAGAAGCGCAUCGUGGUGGCCGCUAGGGACAAAUGGGCCAAUUACUUCUCCCGAAUUUUCCCUGUCUCGGGCGAGAGUGGCAGCGACGUGCAGCUGCUGGGCGUGUCCCACCGGGGGCUGAGACUGCUCAAGAUGACCAAAGGCCCCAGUCUCCACCCCAGCCAGCUGAAGACUCUGUGCUCAUACAGCUUCGCUGAGCUGCUGGGCGUGGAGUGCCCGGGCUGCUCCACCCUGGAGCUGACCCUGAAGAGCGAGCAGCUGGUCUUGCACACGGCCCGAGCGAGCGCCAUCAAGGCCAUGAUCGAGCUGUUCCUGAGUGAGCUCAAGAAGGACUCUGGCUACGUCAUCGCCCUGCGAAGCUACAUCACGGAUGACCACAGCCUCCUCAGCUUCCACCGUGGGGACCUCAUCAAGCUGCUGCCGGUGGCCACGCUGGAGCCCGGCUGGCAGUUUGGCUCCACCGGGGGCCGUUCCGGACUCUUUCCUGCCAACAUAGUUCAGCCGGCUGCCGCCCCAGACUCUUCCUUCUCACCAGAGAGGUGUGGCCGGCGCAGGAGUCGGCUGCAGCCCCGAGAGCCGGGGCUGGCUCAGUGGGAGAGGGCAGCGGAGCACCAUGCCCGUCCCCGGAGCCAAGCACGCAGCAAUGACUCUGUAGCCUACAUCUCUCUGUCCGUGGACUCCCACACCUACACCAUGCAGGAAUUUGCCCUGUACUACUUCCGGAAGCCCCAGACCUUGCCAGACCAUACCCAUGGAGAUGCUGAGGAGGAGGCCAUGGCCAGCCUGGUGCAGUACACCAAGGCUCCCAUACAAGAAUCGCUUAUCAGCCUCAGCGAUGAGGAUGCCAACAGGCAGGCUGUGGAAAUCUUCCAGACUCUGAUGCGGUUCAUGGGGGACCUGUCUAAGCUCCGGGGCAGGAACGAGAUGGAGCUCCUUUACGACCUGCUGAGGCUGUGCCGGGAGAACAAGAACCUCAGGGAUGAGAUUUAUUGCCAAGUCAUCAAGCAGGUGACCAGACAUCCUCAGCCGGAACAUUGUGUCCGCGGCUGGAGCUUCCUCAGUCUCCUGACCGGCUUCUUCCCCCCGUCAGCCACGCUGAUGCCCUACGUGACCAAGUUUCUGCAGGACUCGGGCCCGAGCCAAGAGCUGGCCCGGAGAAGCCAAGAGCACCUCCAGCGCACAGUCAAAUACGGGGGCCGCUUGCGGCUGCCCUCCCCGGGCGAGACUCAGGCUUUCCUGAGAGGGCAGGAGGUCCGCUCGCUUCUAAUCCACCUGCCGGGGGGUAUGGAUUACAAAACCAGCAUCCGGACUUUCACGGUGGCAGCGGAAGUGCUGGAGGACCUGUGUCAGCAAAUGGGCAUCACAGACCCCCAGGAGGUGCAGGAAUUUGCCCUCUUCAUCAAAAGGGAAGGCGAGCUGGUGCGGCCCCUGUGGCCCCAUGAGUACCUCAACAGCGUGGUGGAUCAGGACGUGAGCCUGCACAGCCGGCGGCUCAGCUGGGAGACCCCGCUGCACUUCAAUAAUCCCACCUACACCACCACCCACUACAUGCAGGUGCUGCGGGACUACCUGCAGGGGAAGCUGCUGGUGACCCCCCAGGCCAGUGCUCAGCUCGCCAGGCUGGCCGCCCUGCAGCACUGCAGCAUGGCCCAAGGGGACCACCUGGCGGAGCGAGACCUGUCGGACUACUUGCCAAAGCCGCUGCGGUCCCAAGUGAACGCGUCCACCGUGAAGAACCUGAUGUACCAGGAGCUGAGGCAGCUGCGAGGCUGCAGCUCCCAAGAAGCCCAGAUCAGCUUCAUUGAGGCCGUGAGCCGCCUGCCCCUGUUCGGCUGCACUGUCUACGUGGUGCUGCGGGUGAGUCAACCGGCCCUGCCUGGACCCAGCCUCCUGGGCCUGAACCGCCGGCAUCUCCUCCUCCUGGACCCCUUCAGCCAGAAACCGUGUUGCUCCAUCGCCCUGAAGGAGCUGCACCAGCUCCACCUGCUGAGCCCCCUGGAGAAGAAGGGGGCCCCUGGCCUGGAGCUCAACUACGGCUCUGCUGACAGCCCCCGGACCAUCUGGUUUGAGCUGCCGAAAGCCCAGGAGCUGAAGGACACCAUCGCCUUCCUGAGGGACAGCAGCCUUGCUCCCAACUAGUGGCCAGCCUCACCCAAGAGGAAUGGGGGAGGGGAGGAGAUGAGGAAGGGGCCCCUCCCACAUACCAGUCCGACUGGGAAGGUCUCCCUUGGUGCUGUCAGGCCAUUUUGGUUGGGACUUUCCCACUUGACUGUUCUGGAACCUGCCACAGCACAGCGCUGCUGGCCACAGUGGGGGCCACGGGGCAGGAGCUGCUCCAGUGAUAUCAACUGAGAAGGACAACACCAGGACUUCCCCCGGGGCAGGGGCUGGAGUGGGGGCUGCAGGAACGGGCUUGGGCAUCUGAUGCUGCCCAAGCUGGGCGAGGGGGAUAUCCAGCCGGCCCCAGGCCCGGGCCCAACAUCAGCACGAACCACAUAAGCCUGGGGGAAGCAAACAGUUAGAAAAUAAAACUCCCAAGAGAAAAAGGC